GUCUUCCAUUAUCCCUCCCACUUCAAGAUGUAGUCGAGAUGUUCUGUCCAGAAGAGGAGUGUUUAGAGAAGCAGAGGCCUUCCAAACCUUUCCUAAAGUUAGCAGUAGAGUUGGGCCUGUUUGGUCAGGCGUUAGUCAGGAAGUUGUGUUGGAGUGACCACCAGCAGACACAGGCUUCAUUCCCUGUGGCUCAGAGUGGAAUGGAAAGAACAGUCCGCCCAUGAGAUGUCACGGACUAUCCCACUAAGUAGUCAUGUCACUGUGGCAGGUCUUCACCCCUGGUUUGCCAGGCUCCCGUUUCAGACCCAGACGGGAGGGAUUGAGUUAGAGGAAGAGUGCUCUUGCAGGUCCCUCUGCAAGGCUCACAGUCUUGACUAUUUCUAAGGCUGGUUUUCCUUGACAAUGAGAGGCUUCAUAGAAAGUCUCCUUUGACCUAAUGAUUCACAGCUCCUAGUAACCUGGAGCUGCACAUACAGACUUAAUAUGCUUGGAGCCUUUGGUGCUAAGGAGUGAGUUUGGAUGUCCUUUAGUGAAUUUCCAUGAGCUCUGGAGUCCAUGUCUUCUCAGAACAGUGCUCAUGUGUGAGCAUGUUAGUUCAGAAACGUGGCUUUAUGCAGAUCAUUAGCUAGCCAUGGCUAAUUAGGUAUUAGCCAUGGCUAAUUAAUUAGGUAUUAUAUUCAUUUGUUUAACUUUUUUUACAUUGUAAAAAUUUUCUGCAGUUCACAGCAUUAACAAAUGGAUGCGAUUUUUUACCCCUAAAAUGUUGAGUGUAAGCUAUAGAGAGCUGUAAUAACAAAUAAUUGAUAAUACCAGCUUUUAAAUCUUUACUGUAACUUAAUGAGUAAUUCAUAAAAAGAAAUAUUUAAUUAGAAACCACUUUAUUCUACCAGGAAAUGUGAAAAUCAAGACUUUGGAUGAAAUAAGACCCACAAAACUCAGUUUAACCCUUUGGUUUCCAUUUUAUUAUUCUGACUUCAUAUUACAGUAAAUUCUAAACAUAGGUCCUGAGUAGCAAAACCAUGUAUGUUAGAUCAUAUGUCUAUCCAGAGCUCAGCUUAGUCACUGUCUUAGCUUCAACUUCCUUCUUUAUUGCCAAGUUUUGCCAUUAGCUUGGGCUUGGUGUUUAACGUUAUAAAUGUGGCCUGUGUUGCCCAAGCAUGCUAACACAUGGUAGUAAUCCAAGCACCCAGGAGGCUGAGACAGGAGCGGACCUUUGAGGCCUGCUCGUUAACAUCUGAGACCCUGGUAACUUAUAUUUAGCUAGGAUGUAAGAUAAUGGAAAGUCAACUUGAUAAUGUGAAUAUGUAUUAUAUAAUCUUAAAACAUUUAAAAUGAGUCUCAAUUGCUUUGUAGUUAUAGAAUCAGUUUAUUAUCUGUAUUUAUAUUUAAAGACUCAGACCUCUAAUAACAAGCUUUAAUUAUAAAUACAGUUAUAUAUAAUAAUUGAUUAAAUUAUUUAAUUAUCAUUUAUAGAAAUAAUGGACAAUUAAAGUUGGGUUUUUUUUAAAUAGUUUACUUUUUUCUAAAUUAUAUUUUAAUUGGUCCUGAACAUUUAUUACAAAGAUGUUUUAAUUUUAAUGGGUAGCUUAAUCCUUUGAUCCAUUAAAUAUCUGUCACUAUGUCCUUUUUUUCUUUAAGUAGGUAUCUUAUAUGAGUAUCUUAUUUACAAUUCUGUCCUUGGUUACAGGACCCUCAAGUGUCUCUUUUCUACCAGGUGUGGCUGAGCAUGGCCUCGAGUGCCAGUUUGUCCCCCAUCUCAGUACAGGAGCCACCCCCUCGAGACCCUGCACUAUGGUGACUGCCCUGGACUGAGCUCUCACAUUUUUUUGGAAGGAAAUUUAUCUUGAACUACCUAGGCAAAAGCAAUUCUUAAAAGUAGAAGUCUUUGGCCUGGAUUUAUAACACAAGUAGUCAUUAUUUAUUGCUAUUGUAUAUGUGGUUAUUUGGUUUAUAAUCUAGAGAAAAUGUUGCAUUUUCCAGUAAGCUAAAUUGAAAACUGCUUCUUGUUCUUGUUAUUCUGCACAUUUUUAUAAUUUAUCCUGUUUACUUUGUCUAUAUAGGCAGUUUGACUCCUCCCAAAUAGCAGUGCCUAGGUCUGCAAUCCAUGCAAUGCAGCUUACUUGGCCAGAUAUAGUCCCAGCACAUGAUAGGUCUUUUUUUUCCCUAAAGACCAAAGGUUUACAUUAGUUUAUGUAUUUAAAAAUCACUUAAUAUAUUUUCCAUUUCAGAAUGGGUCAUCAUUGCUAAUUCACUCUAUAAUCAAUAGUGCUUAGGAGAUUAAAAGCUUCCCUUCUGUGACUAGGUUAAAAGCUGCCUGUGCUGCUAUUUUUAAAUUAAUGACUUUGCUUUUAAUUCCUACUCUGCUUUUUAUAUAUCUGCUACAUUAAAGUGGCCAAAGACUAAAGUUGUGCUUUUUCUGGUCACCAGGUAGAUGAGGGUGACUGCUGAGUGUCUGGCUAGAGUGGUUUGUUAUGUGACUGACUUGUUAUGUAGGUUGCAACUGUAGGAUAACACAUUUCAGCAGCUGUCACCGUAUUAAAUUUUCUAGCUCCACACGUGAGUAUGUUGACAGACUUUUGUUUUCUUCUCUUAAUUUAAAUCUUGAGUUUUGGUGCCAAGUUAUCUUUCCAUAAGAGCUUCUGCUUCCAGCUUCUGUGGUGGUUGUCAGUGCUUGCCACUGUUCACACCGAAGUCCAGAUACACAGGGUCAGGUCUCGGUAAUGUGGGCACACCCGAUGUCUGUGUACUCAAAGAACUCGGCUGUUUGAGCAUGGUGAGUUGUGGCGGUUCUCGACAUCUCUACCUGAGCUAGCCGCUGACCCUGCUGUAGAGUGAGUAGAAGGGCAUGCGCCAACACAGGAGAGCCGCUCGUUUCCUCUGCUAAGAGAGGAACAAUAGAAGGUUGGUUCUUAGUGUCAUUUUGCAAAAAGACAAAAAAUUGCUAUUUAUGAUUAAAGUCUUUUAGCAUUUUAGGUAAUUUUACUUUCUUAAGGAAAAGGAUGCUUCUAAAUCCACCUGAUACUAAAGUAGUAUUUCUUUUCUCCUUUAGGUAGAAUCAAGGUAUGCACACAUGCAUGCAUAUUGUGCUUUUUUUCUGAUUCAGUUUCACGAUGUGGAAGGCAGGGCUGAUACCAAUCUUCCCCUGUUUAGAACACAACUUCAUUAGAAGUUGUAUGUUUUUAUGGUAGAUGUAUGUAGCGGGCAACCUUUGAAAUAUUUACUGUUCACCUCUGCCCACUGCUCACUAGACAGCUGAAGAAGCAGCAAUGGGCGAAGAUAAGCAGGGUCUGUGGUUCAUUGUAAAGAGGCUCCUUCAGCUGGGAUGGAAAUGAGCUCAGUUGUCUCUGACAGAAGGGCUUAGGUCACAGUUGCAGGCUACUGUGGUCCUCUUAGGCUUUCGGACGUAGGAUCAGAUGUAUUUGCUUCUUCACCUGAGAGACAGGGCUAGCACCAGGACAAACACAUAGCAUGAACACAUUUAUCUAAUGUGUUAUGUCAGAAGCUCACUUGUAACUUUUUUUAGGACAAAGCCAAGAUUUACUAUGUUAGCCAUUCACUUCUGAUACUGAAGGUUAAUUUGUCUUGAUGCACCUGUCCUUAAGAGCAGUGAUCCUGUUAGAUGGCCCAGCACUGACUGAAGUGCUCCGAGUCCUCUCUACCCUCACAUGCUGCCCUCCUCUGACUGUCCCUACCACAAAGGCUCUGCUCUUGCUGCUGCUUUUUCCUCAUCCAGGAGCUGCAGGAUCCAGGCAGCUGUGUGGGUCUGCCUACAGGCAGAAGCAGUCAGUGUGUGACAGGGCCCCGACAUAUCUUAAAUUACUUUAUUAAAACUUAAAUAAGAAGUAGAUUCCACUAUUUCUUUAACUGUUGCUUUUAUAUUAGUGCUUUAAAAACAAAACAACAACUUGCAAAUACCAAUUUUCUCUCUGUUAAACCAUGCUGGAACGUGCUAAGUAUCUUAAUGUAUGCAGACAUAAUUGUGAUUCACAGCUAAGCUAAGCAUCCUCAGGAAUGUUGAACUUGAAGUGAAAACUUGGCACCAAAUUUAUUCAGGUAGAAACUUUUUAAAAAAUAGUUUCUUCCUAUUGUUACCUGAAACAGUGCAUUGAUGAAAGUCUUCAUGAUAAUGUGUUUGGAUACCAAAGGGUUAAAAAUACACUUGUAUUUCUUUUACUGCAAUAACAGAUGUUUGCUAAUGUUUUGUCUGUACAAAUAGACAUUUAGUAAAUGUUUUUAUUUUUUUAUCUUUUUUUAAUGAUUCCAUUUAUUUGCUUAUUUCCAUCUAGGAAUAGUUACUAAUGUAUUUGCGAUACAGCAUACAAAUUUUAAAGUAACCAGAAUCGUGAGUUGAUGGCUUUAGUCCAUACUGUUAAACUUUUGUUGAAAUAUUGACAUAAAUUGGCUUCAUGCUAAAGUUACUAGAGAUAACUCUUAAAGUCAGCGCGAAAACAGUCAAGGUGGCCGCGCACAGUGCUUAGCCCUGUGCUUGCUCUGCACCUUAUGUGUGUGUAUGUAUUUUUAAUCCAGUGUUGCCUGCAAAUGUGAUCCCUUAUGAUUGACGUUUCCUGUGUAUGAACCGUGCCCGUUUUAAGUCACGCAGAAGAUUCUAAAUCUGUAAAAACUACACAUGUCAAUGUUUUACAGCUACGUAAUUCGAAUUGACUUGGUUUUUUCAAGUAAUCCUAGAAAGGGGGAGCAUUCACAUAGAAACUGCUGAAACUGCCACAGGUGCUUCUCCGAAACCUUACGGUUGUGGCAUUGAAUGUUCAGUAUGGCUUCCCUUCUGCACACAAGCAUACUGUUGAGCCUGAGAAAUGCCAGUGGCCUGACAGCAGCAGACAUUGCACAAACCCAGGGUUUCCAGGAGUGCACCCAGUUUCUCUUGAGCCUCCAGAACCAUCAAAUGAGCCGUUUCUGUCAUAAUGGCACCUUGAGUGGAGGUCAUGAGAACAUACUUCCCAAUCACAUUAGCCUGGGAACAAAUCGAAAGAGAUGCUUGGAAGACUCAGAAUCUUUGGGAGUGAAGAAAGCGAGAACCAGAGCUCCGAGCCUGGACCACGCCAUGCCUCUAGCAAAUGGAGAGGCUGAAGAUGACGUCGAUAGAAUGCAUGUGGACAGAGAGUGUGCUGCUGUAUCAGAUAUGAAAAACAGUAGCUCCGUGUUGAAUACAUUGACAAAUGGAAGUGUCAUCAAUGGACAUUUGGACUUCCCCUGCGCGACCCAGCUCAAUGGGAUGGAGAGCAGGAGUCACCCGUGCUUAACAGGAUCUAAUGGCGUUAGCAAUGGACAGCCAUUUUCCAAUGGCCAGGGUUCUGUCUGUGCUAAUGGGACUGAGGAGCCAGAAAAGACCAUGGGCAUUAACCCCGAAAUGUGUGGAUCUCUCCAUCUGAACGGGAGCCCAAGUAGCUGUGUGGCCAGCAGGCCGUCCUGGGUGGGGGACGUAGAGGAGAGCUUGCACUACGGACACUACCAUGGGUUUGGGGAUACUGCUGAGAGCAUCCCUGAGCUGAGCAGUGUGCUGGAGCACUCGAGCUGUGUUCAGGUGGAACAGCGCUAUGAUAGUGCUGUCCUGGGCGCUAUGCAGCUGCACCACGGCUCCUGAGCCCAGGGCUACCUCACUUCCUCUGCAGUACCAUCUUGAAGCUGCCAAGCCUGUGCUGUGGGUGCCCCAGCUUUCUGAGAGUCCUCGGGUUCGUUCUCGUAGUUCCCCGGGAGUGCGGCUUUGUGCAUAGACAUUUCUUCUCAUGGGGCGGCAGGCCUCCUGCAAGGUAUACUUUGGAGGGGUUUCUUGUUUGACACCAGCCUUUUUUUCUUUUCUUUUCUUUUUUUUUUUUUUUCCCCAUGUCACAAGACAUUGCCACCUUUUUGUGAAUUGUAUCUGACAGUUUGGGCACCGUUUCCAAUGGCGCACCUUUACUGUUUGCUGGAGCACUCCUGAUAACACAGCCCCACCCUGUGCUGGGGCCCCCGGGAAGGAAGGAAGGAGGCUGUCCUUGUGUCAUCACUGAAACUGCUUCAGGUGCGCUCAGUGGUCAGGGCUGUGACGGCCCCUCCCUCCCUGUGUAGACUGCUGCGUGUGUUUCCUUAGGAACAGCCUCUGCCCAGGACCCAUUAGGUUUGUUUUUAUUCCACAUUUAUACUUGAUCUAGACUUUUUUACCACAGACAAUGGUUUUCUUUAUAUACAGUGGACGUUGCUGUUUGUAGGAACUGUCGGGUCAGAAUAUUUUACUAUGGUGACCUAUUUUUUUGUUACUGUUUUUUGAAGUUUUCUGCUUAAAUAUAUAUACCAGUAUAUAUCCAGUUAACUGAGAGAACUUUGGGUUUCUCUUAAAGCUGCAUUAAAUUCAUGGUUUUCUAGAAAGUAGCUUUUGUUUAGGCAACUAGUGGUUAUACUGCAAAUACCCAAUGACUUAGGAUUUUUGUAAUAACUUGGUGCAGAUGAACUGUGCGAUGACAAAGCCAAUGUUUUAAGAGUGUACUAGCAUUUUGUUUUCAAGCUGUUCUUUACAAAUUAAAUAAAAAAGAAAACUCCCUGCUGA